UUUAUUUCUGUCUGACUCUGAAGUCACGUAGGCACAAGAAGGUUCAUCGCUGGUUUCUUGUUGUCAAACACAAAGGUGUUUGGGUUUUGUUAGUUUUCAAACGAUACUGAAAUUGUCAGCUGAUUUUCGAAGAAAAUUAAAUUUCGGGAUAGUUUUUUAAAAUGUCAUCAUCAAAGUCCAGCCUUGAUGAUGUCCUUGGUGAAUCCUGGGUUGAUGUGUCAAGCGUACAUUCAGGAUCAGGAGGUACAGCAACACCUCUGACGUUUACUCAGCAAUUACAUGUUGAAGAUUAUUUGAGGCUGCUGAGAGAAGCACAAAGAGAAUCUAACCAGUCAUCAGCUAGAGUUUCAUUAGCUGGUUCUCGAAGAGAUUCUCCAAAGGGUAGUCCUAAAAGUCCCCCAAAUAGCCCUGUGGAAGGAACAUGUCUUAAUAUGGAUUGGCAAGCUUAUUAUUUGAAUUCUGAAUCAAAAGAAGAUUCAGAUUUUUUCAAUGAUUGGAGCAGCCGUCCAGAUCAACUCCCACCCAAAAACUGGAGUUUUAGGCCUAGAAAGCGGGAACUGCUUAGCAUCCGUCAUGCUCGUUUGGGAAACAAUAGCAUCUUUUCCCGUAAAGGUCUUUGUACUCUAUUUCUGAGCAACAUUUUAUCCAUUCUAUUGGGCACUGGUAUAGGACUCUGGUUAAGUAGACAUGGUCUCUUUGUUCCAUCCAUUAAAGUACGUUAAACAAGCUCUUUUCCUUCUUUGUCUGAGGAAAAUUUUAUAUGUAAUUUUAUAUAGCUAUGCGGUUUAUUUCAAUAUACAGCUUGUGAAUGCUGCCUUAUUUGAGAGACUGGGAUUUUUGUAUUCAAUACUGUAUACUCCCUAAAUCCUGUCAAAAAUUAUGAAUGUCAUUUUUGAAAUAAAUUCGUGUAAUAAAUUGAUAAUCUAAGUAUAUUUGUUGUAAUCCUAAUUUCUUUGACGGCAGAUUAUUAACCUUUAGCGUUGUCUACUGAUUGGUAAAUCUGUUUUUUCUAAAUGAAGCUUUUUCUCUGGUGUUCUUCAGUUAUUCCUAUAGAUAAUCAAUGUUCCCAAGUAUCAUUAUUCAUUAUCGAAAUUUUAUUAUUUUAUUGCAUAAAAUGAAAUUGUUAGUUUGAGCUGUGGGUACUGUGAUAUUGAAAUUUGGCUGAACUUAAUUGAUUUAAGGAACAUAUCCUUCAAAAAUGGAUAUUUUUGUUCAUUCGCUAACUGAAUUUUUCCACAAGAAAAUUAUUACUUCAGAGAUGAUUUAUUCAUGUAGUUCAGUUAAAAUUAAUUUGGAUUUUAAUUUAAGAUAACAAGUACUUUUUCAUUUAAUAUGAAUGCAUAUUUAGUUUAGUUUCGAAAUUGAAUAUUCAUCUGUAGUUGUAAGGUGGAAUUGUUUAUUUUUCAUAUAUAUUACAAUGACGACUUACUAAUAUAAAUAAUGAAAAUAA